GAAUGAUAGAAAGUGGAACAGACAGAAAUGCAAAAAAACACAGUAAGAAAACCCUAGAGAAUACAAAAAGAAAGGGCCGAGAAUCUAAUAAUUCGGGUUCUGAAUCUAGAAAUACGUUAUUUAAAUUCAAUAACUACACUCGAAAAACUGCCAGGAACAUUCCUCUUUUACAUAAUGUUACAUUUGAAAUUCCAAAAAAUAAUCUUGUUGCAUUAAUAGGUCUCAGUGGAGAAGGAAAAUCCACACUGUUUGAAAGCAUAGCCGGCAGGUGCAAUAGAUCGCAUAUAACAUACGGAGAAGUUCUAACAUCAAGAAGAAAUGGUGGGUAUGUUCAAAGGGAUAUAGAAAAGUGGAUAAAAAAUGUAAACUACCAUAGACAGGAAGUAACUCAGUAUAAAAAAAUACCUGUUUAUAAUUUGCUUUGUUCAAUUGCAAAGUGCUAUGGAAAGAAUACGGAUGUAAUUGACAAGCUACUAACGCACUUUCGGGUGGCUAAGACCAGACACAAUUUAUUUUCAAAGCUUUCUGGAGGAGAGCAGAAGAGAGUUAUGACUAUAAUUGGUAUAAUUAGUGAGAAGGAGCUAAACCUAUGGGAUGAGCCGCUUACUGGCCUUGACUCAGAAAUAGCUAAAAAGACUCUUAAAUUUAUGAAGGAGAACAAUUCCACUAAUAUUGUAAGUAUCCAUCAGCCUUCUGAAGAGCUAAUGAAUUUAUUUGACUGGGUUAUUUUUAUGCACUCUUCUACCGUCGUAUACUCUGGCCCAUAUAGUAGAAUGCAGGCGUAUUUUGAAGAGAAUGGGGUGGUUAAAGAGGAAAAUAUUAUGUUUGUGAACUAUUUAAUGAGGCUAAGUGCAGACAGCCCAGAAAACCAAAUAGACAGAAAUAAUAUAAAAGUACUGAAUAACCUAACAAACACAAUUCUGUCCAGGCCAAUGGGCGAAAAAUCAUUAGGGAAUCUUUUUAUUGCCAAAUCCUUUAAUGUUAGCCCUACGCGUGUAUAUGAAAUACUCUCUAGAUCCUUGUACUUUGACAAGGGGUUCAGAGGAUCUUCUAUCGCAUACGAGGUCAUGUAUUAUAUAUUUUGCCUGAUAGUUUUAAUGCUAGGUUUUACCAUAGUCGAAAGGAGCAUUUUAUCCACAAAUGAUAGUAUUUUUAGGUAUAGCAUUUUUGACCCAAUAUACACACUACUGGACAUUUUCAAUAGCAACACUAUUGGCACAAGUACUAUGCCUGAAGAGCACCACAAUACAUUUUUAGAGUGCAUAAAGACAAAUGCUGCUGCAAAGUGGCUAUUUGGUGCCGUUACAUUCUUUCAAAGCGAAAGAUCAAUUACGUUUAUAAGCAUGGCCAGUUUGUUCUGCAAUCUAACCAACAUAGACUACUUUAGACUCUGCAAAAUAAAUAUUGCAGAGGGGCAGUUUACUGUUGCAGAUUUUAUAUGCGCACAUAUUGUGGAGAUUGUUUGCAGGAAAAUAUGUAUUGCAUUUAUAUUUGGCAUGUUCUCGUAUAUGAUUGCUUAUGGAUCUUUUGUAGAGGAAGCCAUUCAAGCAAUCAUGCCGCCAAAUUACUCCGAUGUUCUUUUAGUGUGCAUUGUAACAUCGAUACUUAUGGGUGUGUAUAUUUUCUCAAUACAGUGUUUACCAACCUCUUCCAAGGUAUACAUGUACAUUGCACUUAUUAUUCUCUUAUUUACACAGACAAUAAUUAAGCAAAUAGAGGUACUUGAAGUAUUCAUAGACAGUAAAACCGCGAAUUUAAUCAAUGGGCUGCUUAAAGGUGAGCUGAGUGCAGAAGACAUGGCGCUGACACAAAACCAAGACUACCACCCUUUUUAUGACUUGAAGAUGUACAUGAUGCAGUCAACUCUGUUCAUUGACAAGUUAAUUGAUACAAUUCAGUCCAACGGAGAAAAUGGAUUUAGAUGCACUAUGCUAAUGUGGAGUACAAGUCUUCUAAAAUUCCUUUAUAAAAUGGGGCCAUUUGGAAUUACAGAAGAACUACUUACUAAGCUACGGUUAUAUAGAAAUAGCUUGUACCAGGUACCAGAUGCCGAUGCACUGGCCACGUACAUGAUGCUAAGGAUUAAAGAUUCUGAAAGCAAUCUCAACAAAAAAGAGUUUAUAGAGUACGCAAGCAAAGUAAAUUAUAUAGAAAGAAUGUGCUAUCCAUUCAGUGCACACGAACUGUUCCAGCCUACGGAAAAGAUUCAAGAUGUAACCAAAUUCGAUCUUAUAAAAUGCAUAAUGCGUGUGUUAAUUAUACCAAUUAUAUUUUUAAUUAUUGCUAUAUUCCUACGAUAUAGACAACUACAACCCAAAAUUAGAAGUUAA